AUGGUUUCUGCUCUCACUCGACUCUUCCUUGCUGCCUCAGUCGUAAGCUCAGUCGUCGCGCACGCGUCUCCCGCUCCCGCCAACUGGAAGCGCGAUAAUCUCGAGGCGCGUCAUGCACUCGAGAAACGAUGCGGCGACGUCUUAGCUGCCCGUCGGCGCAAACGGUCGGAAAGUGCUCUAGCUCGUAGGAGCUCGGGGGUUCUCCGGAGGACAACGUCUAGCAACGACAGCACCUGCCUCGUGACCCCCGAAGUCACCCAAGGACCUUACCAUAUUUUAGGUGAAAUCGUGCGUCAAAAUAUCACCGAAGGACAAGGCGGAAUCCCCCUUGAAGUUUCUGUUGACUUCAUGGACAUUAGCACCUGCGACCCCGUUCAAGUCUGGGUCGACGCCUGGCACGCAAACGCUACGGGUUUUUACGCUGGGUACAUUGCUGAAACUGGCUCUGCCCUUGCUGGAGGCAGCGGAGCAGGAAGUCCCAGUGGUGACGCGAGCGCCUCACUGACUUCCGGUGCUACUAGUAUUUCGGAUGCCCCCACUCAGACUGUCGCUACGACGUCAACUAGCUAUGGUGCCUAUGAUGGAGCGGACUCACCAUCCGCGACUCAGCUUCUCAAUGAAGCCGUGGACGACAACAGCACUUUCCUUCGUGGUGUCUGGCAGACAGAUGACGACGGUCACUUGACGAUGUACUCUGUCUUCCCCGGAUGGUAUUCUGGCCGAGCCCAGCAUUUCCACAUCAAGGCGUACCCUGAAGGCUAUAUCGCCGCUAACGGCACUUUCAUAGCUGGAGGUAGCGCAGUACAUACUGGACAAUUCUUCUUCGACCAAGACACGCUUGAUGCCGUUGCUGCCAAUCCUGUCUACGCUGCCAAUGCUAUCUCGUGGUCCGACUCCGUUAGCAACGAUGAUGACAUGUGGUAUCCUUACCAGUCAGCUACGGGCUACGAUGCUACUAUGGAUAUUACCUGGGUCGGCGACGAGAUUACCGACGGUCUCGUUGGGUCCAUUACAGUUCCUCUCAACAUGACUUACGAAAGCCCUGAAGUCAGCACUCAGUAUGCGUCUUUCGACGUUGAGGAGUAUGAAGCCGAGGGCUUGCUCCCUGAAGCAUCUUUGUCGGCGUAAAAUUUCACGUGAAGCAAUGGCGGCC